UAUAUAUUUGUAAGUCAUUUCAUUUCCCUUGCACUCUUCCAGAAACACCCAAAACAAACCUUCCAAUCCAAAAAAAAAAGAGAAAAAUGACAGACCAAACAGAAGAACAAACCGCCGCCGCCGCCUCCGCCUCCGGAGAACAAGAGCCACCAUCAAUCGAAGAAACAACUAAAAAGCUCGAAACGGUGUCGUUCAGCAUUUGGCCACCAACACAACGAACACGCGAUGCCGUCAUCAAACGUCUCAUCGAAUCUCUCUCCGGCAAAUCCGUCCUUUCCGAUCGGUACGGCCAGAUCCCAAUCACCGAAGCUGAGGUCAUCAGUCGCCGGAUCGAAGAAGAAUCAUUCACUGCCGCCGGCGGAUCUUCUCCUCCGGCCGCCGGAGAUGAUGGAAUCGAGAUCUUGCAGGUUUACUCUAAGGAAAUCAGUAAGAGAAUGCUGGACACUGCUAAGGCUAGAUCUGGAAAUGUGACGUCAUCUGUGAAUGAAGAAAGUGAUAAUGAUGGUGCUAGUGCUGUUGUUACUAAAGAUGAGGAAAGUGAGGCUUGAGAUAUUUUAGUUCCUUUUUUUUUUAUAAAUAUUUUUAGAUCUGUGAUGAUGAUAUUUUGAUGUGAUUUUUAUUUUUUGUGGUUUAUGGAUUUUUAUUGUGUGGUUUUUGGAAUUCUAAAUGCUAUAUCUAUCUCUCUCUCUCUAUAUAUAUAUCUGUAUAUCUAUAUAUAUUUGGUGGUUUAUGUGA